UUCGCUAACCCUACGGCCAACAAGAAGCGAAUGUUGCAAAUACACGACUAUAUAUGAUGCUAUGAUAGUAAAUAGAUACCCGUAUUUAACCCAUUAGGCGUAUACGAUAAUAAGUAAACGGUACAAAAUAUGUAAGUAAUUAUUCACCGUAAAAAGUUUUCUCCUCGCUUUUUUGUUUUUCUUCCUGUGAAGCUUUCUCUCGUUCUUCUCGUGCCAUCAGAUAUAACAUAUACCACAUCAUCGCCAUUUUAUUUAAUAUUUGCCGAAACUUUCGUCAAGAUCAACGAAUUUUCAAACAACAAACAAAAUAAGCGCAAGAUCCAUCUACGAUCAGUCUGUGGCAAAGACGGCAGACCAUAGACAAAACAUUUUGUUUUUAGGUGCCAUCUUGGAUCAAUUUCGAAUCGAGGACGUUUAUUUAUUAAAUUUCUAUUGGUUAGUAAAAUCCGCUACUCUGUUCUCAUUGGUUGUAACAAAUAUUUACAAACUCAUUUGCAGUAUUCAACCAAUCGCAAUGCAUUUUUGACAUAUUUUUUUUUAACAAUGGGCUAUCUUAUUUCCUCGAUUGACAUAAAUUUAUUUGUCAAAAUACCGUAUAAAAAUAUUGCCUCCGUUUAUUAGCUCCAUUGUUUCUUUUGGUUUCUCCCGUAACCCAUAGUUUUUUUUAUUUGAUUCCGAAACACAUCGCGAAGCCCAACAACACAGUGAAAGUGUCCAACGAUCGUAGCACAGCAGUGUAGAUAGAAGUGGGGGUGUCGCUACAUGGUGAGUAGGUGACGGCGGCGGCGUGAAGCGUCGACGUCGAGCGGACGAUGCUGGCCUCUUAACUGGGGGCGUAGGAGAAGUACUGCGCGGCGCCAUGAGCGCUGCGGGGCGCGAGGCGGCCGCGGAGCCCGGCGCUGGCGCCGAGCCCGAGGGCGCGCAGUGCGCGUUGGAUGCUUCCACCAACACUCCGCCACAGUCUCUGCAGGUGACAGAGAGCGCUGCGCCCGCGCCCACUAGCACGGGCGGCUCCGGGGGCAAGUGGCAAUGUGAGACGUGCACCUAUGAGAACUUCCCGCUCUCUAGGAAGUGUACGAUGUGCCGCACAAGCAAGCCGCUCCUGGGUGAAGAUAUUCUCAGGCUGCAGGAUGGCGCGCGGGCAUUACCGCACGACUCAGAGGCAGAUGCAGUGGCGGAGCGUCUGAAGCCGCUACGGAUCGCGUCGCCGGUGGGACAGGCCGGCGCCUCCUGCCAGGCCAAGUGGCCCUGCCCGACGUGCACAUACGAGAACUGGCCGCGCUCGCUGAAGUGCGCCAUGUGCGGUGCGGGCGCGCCGGCCGCCGUGCCCGCGCCCGCGCACCCCCCGCCCGAGCCCCGCCCGGCGCCCGUAGGAAUCAAUGACAUCUGCAACAGCCAGAACGCCUCGUCGAAUGACAAGCGCCGUAACAACCCGGACUGGCUGUGGCUCCAAGCUUGUAUAGGAGUGGUGGAAGGCGACGUGGGCCGCGUGGAGGCGUACCUGGCGGCCGGCGGCGACCCGGCGCGCGCCCUCGCCGCGCACGAGGCCGCCCUCCUCGACCGCGCCUCCGCCUUCGACGCCGGACACACGCUAGUGCACCUGGCCAUCAGGUUCCAACGCGAGGACAUCCUGGCGACACUGCUCUCCCGGAUCUCGGGCGGCGGCCCGGGGCUCAAGCGCUCGCCUUCAUACAUCGCUCCGGAUGUAGCGGCGGCGAUCCGUCGCCACGUGGCCGCCUCCAUCCGGUACAAGAAGGGCGCCUUCCCGUGCCGCUACCUCAACGAGUUCUGCACGUUCGCGCUACCGGCAGAGAUCGAAGAACUACCAGUAGCCAUCCAAGAGCAGCUGUUCUCGGAGCUGCUCGACCGCGACGCGCAACAGACUUUAGAAGCCGAACCUCCCCUCAUCAACUGGAGCCUCGAGUUGUGCGUGCGACUGGGGUCGCGGCUGCACGCGCUGUGGAACCGCUCGGCGGGCGACUGCCUGCUGGACGCGGUGUCGCAGUGCGCGUACGGCGUGUUCGACCGGCGCGGCGCCCUGCGCGCGGCGCUGGCCGAGUCGCUGCUGGCGGCCGGCGAGCGCUUCUACGAGCGCUGGGCCGCCUGGGAGCGCCUGGGCGCCGCGCGCCUGCACUACGCGCCGGAGGAGGCGCAGCUGCGCGCCGAGUGGGCGCGCCUGGUGGCGGCGGCGGCGCGGCCGGGCACGGCGCUGCACCAGCUGCACGUGUUCGCGCUGGCGCACGUCGCGAGGCGGCCCAUCAUCGUGUACGGCGUCAACGUCGUCAACUCCUUCCGCGGCGAGGCUCUAGGUUACGCGCGCUUCCAGGGUAUUUAUCUGCCCCUGCUGUGGGAGCCGGCGCUGUGCUCCAAGUCCCCGCUGGCGGUGGGCUACACGAGGGGACACUUCUCGGCGCUCGUGCCCGUCGAGCCCUACUGUCGUCGCCACUAUAUCUGCAGGGAUGAACAAGAGGAGACCGACGAAAGUUGUUACCUGCCGCUCACAGACUGCGAGGGAAAACUGCUGCCCGUUCAUUUCCUCACCGUAGACGAGAUGGGCGAUUCGGAAGGCAUGGUCCGGCGCUGGCUGUCGGCCUGCGUCACCGGCGGCGGGCAGCUGUGCGCGCGCCAGCACCUGCACCCGCGGCCGCUGCUCGUGGCCCAGCUGCUCGAGGAGUGGCUCAACCACUACCGGCGCCUCGCGCAACAGGCGCGCGGGCCCUUCCCGCCGCGGCUGCACGCGCAGCUCGCGCUCUCCUCCGACCCCGACACCGACGACGAGUAACACACACACACACACACACACACUACACUGGACUAUUGGACACAAGCUCGCCACCAGAUAUAUCGGAGCGGCCGAGGCGCUAACAAAUAUCUGAACAUGCCUCUACCGUCAAGGCGGGCGAUAUAUGCGUGUUCAGAUUGUGUGAGCACCGCCGCCGCCGCAUAUCUGAUGGCGACUGACCUCAGAACCGGCUAAUUAUAUCGUGAUCAGUUCUUGAAUUGGUCGCUGCGUUACUUUGGUUUUCGUUUGACAAACACUCCGGAGUACUAAUACGGUCCGCACCUACGUUGUUUCAAAAAGACACUUAAUAAAAAAUGUCUAAAGAAAUGUGAACUGAGCAAAAUCAGAACCCAGGCAUGUAUGAAUGAAUGUAUACACAUUAUGUUAAAAAUAUUUAUAUAUAUGUGGAUUAUAGUCACUCCGGACUAUUAUAAUAGUAAUAUUGUUUGAACAAUUAUGUCAUUUAUCUUCUGUGAUGGGAUUUAAAAAGCACCUUAAAAUUGUAUUUGUUUAUAAAAAAAUGUAAAUGCUCUACGAAAGCUCAGGUAGUGUGUAUUCAUUGGUACAGAUGAUCCACAAACAUUCACCAAAGUUUUGGACUUGACUGUACACAAAAGUGAUAGUAGCAUAAAGCGGGCUCACGUUUGUUUAAAUGGAGGCUUUAAGUCCACGCGAUAAGGCUCACUUUUUUACCACACUAACAGUCAUUUUCCAUGCUAACACGCCCGCCCCGUAGAAGGCAAUACAAAUAAAACCUUAUGUCUAAUGUAACUAAAUUCAAUUUACGGCAGUGUUAGUGAUCAAUGUUAGUACAACUUUAAUAUAACGGGGCCGUUGAUAUGAGUAUUAUUUCGAAAAUAGGUAAAAUAUAUUGAGCGAUUUCUAUAUUAUUUUUUGCACUAAAAACGAGGUUUUCUAGUAAAAAUGUUUUCAUAUUUCUUACGCUCUCUGUUUUAUGUCGGAUAGUCGUAUUCUCACAUAAUUUUUAUUUGUGCGUGCCACACUCAAAACACAAUUUUUCGUAUAAAAACCUAUGAAAUUUGAUAUUCAGAAUUGAAAGUGCUAUUUGUGUUAAAAUAAAAGUUGUUUGUAAAACCUAAUUUGGAAUCACUCUAAUAUUGCAUAUUUUCGAAAGAAACAUAUCAAUAAUCUUUGAACUAUAUUGUGGUCAAGUUGAAAACUUUUCAGUCAAAAUUAUCAUUAUACUAUAUAGCGUAGCUUUAAAAUUGUUUUAACUCGUUUGUUUAUAAAAUAAAGAGUUAGCGGGAUGGCUUCAUA